AUUUAUAAAAGUAUACACAGAAGGGAGGAUUUACCAAAAGAGUUUUGGAAAUCAUUUGUUAUUCUGGUGGAUAUAUAAGCUUGAGCCGUAGUCGAGAAACUGCAAGAGCAUGUAUCCGAACAAUCGAGGAUCUUUACAACGCAUAGUAUUGGAUGAGAUUGCUUUGGAAGGCUUAGAAGGCAUAACAUUACCUUCUUUAUGGGUGUAUAUGGGCAAAGCUUUACAAAUUGAUUUACCGCUGCCAUUGCAUCUCCGAGAUGAAAUAUGGCGAUUCAUACUAAGAGUUCAUGAACAUUUACAAUUUUUUCAAUUACCUCAGGAUCGUGAAACCAUUGAGUACUUCGAUCGUUACCAAAUAGUUGAUUCCGAUUUGGGGGUACCAAUAACACCGGAAAAAUGCCCAUUUACACGUUAUAAGUGCGUGCCUAUAUCCGAUGAUUCUAUAUUGGGUUCAUGUGAAUUUUAUAAGGAACGGAAGCUGGUACCAUUUGAAUUAGUAAAAGAUUUAGACAUUGAAACUGUGUUAAAAACGUUCGGUAAAACAUUCAUUAUUGUUGCGAGCCAAGAUUUACGUUAUAACGCUUUAACACCAGAAAAUAUUCCGCGACCUAAAGAUCUAACGCCUAUACAAUAUUGCAUUUGGGAGGCUAUAGGUCGUUCACGUUUUAAUGGCGAGACGACAGCUGGACCUUGGUCAUUGCAGCAUUUCUGCAAAGACGCCACAAUUGUUUUCUACAUAAAAAAUAAGCUUAUACGUCAUGGUGUUAUCAGCCAUCAUUUGUUUAAUGAAAAACGUGGCGAGCGUUUAAUUGUUGGUAUUCUGUUAACUUUACCACGUUUUCACCCCACUAAUCGUAGUACAUUAAUAGCUAUGGUGGAGAAACUAUACUCAAUACUUAAAGAAAAACCUGAUCAGAAAAUGCCUUUAAUGCAAAUUCUUACCCACUUCCCGACCUUUGAGCGCUCAAAAACGCUACGAAAGGCAAUGUUAACACAUCUUUUUAGACAAAUAUUUGAAACGCAGUCUUUGCCCUAUUUGGAAGUGUAUAAAAAUGCCAAAUCAAAAAAUGCAAACGCAAGUCCAAGCUCUAAAGGACGCACAGUAACUGUAGUGAGCUUAAGACAUCCCGAUCGUUCAAUUGAUGAAUUAUUUCAUGGAUUUGAAAAUGAACAUGGCAAAACCGAUGUCGAAACUGCCGAUGAGGAUUUUCACAAUGAGAAGCAUUCAUUUAUUGAUAUGACAUUACGUGAGGAGUUUUACCAAUGUGUGUCUCGUUUCGGUUCCCGCGGCUGUAGCCAAACCGAAAUAUAUCGAUAUAUGUCCACACAUCAUUUGACCUUACGUCAGUUAAUAAAGCAAAUGUUAGGCGAAGGUCUUAUAAAAUCGUAUUUUACGGAUGCUGGACGCCAAAGGCUUAAUAUGUAUGUAGCUAUUGAGCAUGCAGAUCCAGUUAAGAAAAAAGUUGCUACUUCGUUGGCUGCUCUUAAAAAUUUACAAUGUGCGGAAGAGCCUAACAUACCAGAAGAAGGAGUCACUUUUAAUGAUAUACCUCAGAUAACGGCGCGUAUUAAACCGUUCGAGUACAAUGAUUUUCAAAUGCAAAGAGAAAAUAAUAGUCAAAAAGUUAUAACGCGAAAAACUUACAUAGUUAAGACUAUAGAUGAAAAAUGUAUAAUGUCUGUAAUGGAGUUAUGCAAGGCGAUUAAAAUCAUGGAAGCUAAUCAGGGUCAACAGGGUGAAGUGUGCCGCAAAUCAAUACGGCGAUUAUUGUGUAGCAUGACCCAACUGAAGAUUGUACGGUUAUAUGAAAUAGCCUUGCAGUGUGAAGAGCAAAUUCGUUUAUAUCGUUUGGUUACCCAUCCCAAGAUAGACAUUAAUCACAAAGUUUUAAAAAAUGAAAUAUUAAAGCUGAAGAACAGCUUUUUCCUAUCAAUAGAAGAGAGACGUUUGCGUCAAUUGGCUUCCUUUAGAUACCAAAAUAAACGAUUGAAAUCGAUGAAAAAACUGAAAGAAGCCAAAGCCAAGGAGAUGAUACCAUUAAAGUCAUAUAAACAUCCGAAAUUUUUAGUUUCCCGUUAUUUGCAUGAAUUCCUUUUUUAUAUUGUGGUGGAGUUAAGCGAAUAUCAGGCUACUUACGAAGUCAACGAAGAGUUGCUCAUGUAUUGGCAACAAAGCGAACCUUCACUUCAAGUAAACGAUUACUUCAAAAAUAUUCAACCCGAACAUGCCAAACUGAGGGCAUACACAAAAGAUAUCAGUUGGCGUACAUUUAUUCAGCCACUGCCGAAAUACUCGGAUAAACCGGUGGGCUGGGUUUACUUUGUUGAUGCGAUUGAUCGUAUACCUUUGUCCAUAUUCAAUAAAAUAUUCCGUUUAGACAGAGGCAUUGAUCAGCGGUUAGCUGACUAUCUGGCCCAUCCCGUGCGACAGUACUAUCUGAUGCGUCAAUUGCCGGCCGAUCUACAAUGCAAAAUCAGUCGCGUACAAUUGCAGCGCGUUUAUAUAUCGAUUUUAAAACUCUUGAACCAUAUGGGUCUAGUGCAGGUAGGCGAUCGGUUAGACGUCAGAGAUCCGUUAAUUAUGUGGAUUUAUUUCAAUCGUAAAGCUCGAAUUUUCGACACUACUCCGUCGGAAAUGAGUUACGCUAAGGUAACUGCAGAACGUGAAUACAUACCCAUCUGUUUUGAAUUUCGUAAUUUCGAUGAUGUUCAUCAUUAUUGGACUACUCUGCAACGCAUUUGCGUAUACACCAAACUUGGAUACCGGCGUGGCAAGAAUGAGAAGUGUGCGCAUGAGAAAGUGUUAACAUUUUUAACUGCUGUUGAUUUCGACGAAGCACCGGCUAAUGAUAAUGGCGAUCAGCCAGGUGACGGCUUGGGCGCCGCCGGUCUUUCUACGCGCUUGUUCGCGCAUACCUUCCGCAAUUGGUCAUGGGCCAUACAAACCCAUUCACCGCCUAUAAAAAAUGCACGCACCGGGCGUACUCUUGGUUCUACGUCGACAGUAAUAAGAAGCAAUAGCAAAACUAUUAGAGUAUUAGGGCAUAAUGUCAGAAAGACACAUACACAUAUUAGUGUCGCUAAGCGUGCAACCAUUGCCCCGUCCGUUAAACGUGCCAAAAAAUCGGCCAUUGUAGACGCCAUCGAUCGCGAUGCUCUAAAGAAUAUGCGUACAUUGCGCGUGCAAUGGUCAAAACAGGAAGACGAAGUAUUAUUGGUGGCUAAGGCGGUUUCGAUUUAUUUAGCAACUCCGAUACCUGCUUUUGGUCUUUUAAGCAUUGGCAAAGUAUGUAGAGAUGUGAUACGACAUUCUCUUGAAUUUUAUAAUAAAACUACUCAGGCUUGUGUAAGACGUGUUCAAUUUUUGGUGCGUCAAAAAAGACACAUACCCCAAGUCCCUACUUAUUUGCAUAUGAUGCAAACGGACAAUUACCUGCAAGAAAAAUAUGCCGAAGGCUUUUUGCAAAAACUCAAAAAGAUUUAUCCGGAUCGCAAUGAAUACACGAACGCUUUAUCUCUUCAUUUUACAUUGGUCAUGUGUUUCCUUUAUAAAAGGAUUUACAAUGCCACCGAUUCCAUUAUCAAAUCGAAGUACUUGUUACCCGACACAGUGGCUGAAUUCGAAAAAUGUUUUACAAAUCGGAGAUCUGUUCAAACGGGCGAAGAUGUGAUCAUAUACCGAAAUCCUGAAACAGAUUUUGAUUUGAAAAUCGCAACAGUCAUCAAUACAUUACACAGUUCGCUUUGUUCAAUGCGCGACAAGACCUUAUACAAUUUACAGGCGUUUGAAAUUUACAAAAGCUUCUCUGAAGAAAUUUUACAGAUCGCGUUUGCUAAAGCGCGCAGCGAUGGUUUAGUGGUGGCGAUCAAACGGAAAAAUUUGAAUCUAUUACCUAAUCAAUUAGCCGGACCCGCUUACAUACUUUCAUCAAAAUAUAGGUUACGAUUAUUCUUCCUACGAAUACCUUAUAGUGUCUUUGAUUCAUUCUACGACUAUUAUGAAAACGUAUUGACUUUCUUCUUUGGAUCACACAUUGCACAGCAUGCAACGAAAGAUUGCAUGGAACUGAAGUCGCCUACAUUAGGCCAAUUGUUUGUUAUUGCCGAAAGUUUAUCCCGCGAAUUAUUGGUGCCCAAUCUAAAAUUGCCUAUCAAUAUCCUAACGGUAGAUGCUGAGCAAAAUCAAGCAGUUUCUCCUAUGGAUCGUAUUUUAGAUCAUUAUCAUACUAUUUUUGACAACGCUCCAAAUCCAGAAUAUAGUAAAUAUAUCGAAAAUGAACCCAAUGAAAAACAGGUACGCGUUAAGUUUCGUCCAGCUAAUCUUAGUUAUAAACUGCACUAUACUCCUUAUGAUUUCAUUUCUAAAUUGCCCAUAAGAUAUUUGCAUUUCUUUUGCGCUCUAAAACAUAUGGAACAAGAAAUUGAUAUAAAUUUUAAUAAAUUGGAAAAAGAAGAUGAAGAUGGACACAAAGUCAUUGAAUGUCCGUUCAAAUGUAUUUUACUUGAAGAUAAUUACCUGAACGCUAUUGAGGCCAUUGUAGCGGAAAAGAAAGAGGGGCUGAGCUCAUUAAGUGAGAUAGCACCGCAAAAACUGUUAAAUAUGGCUACGAGUGGCUUAUCGGUCAAGGUAGAAAAUAGUAAUCUAUUAACUCUAGUCAGAAUGUUGGAAUCGUUUUGGCAUGAAAAAGAAUCAGAAAUUGAACGGAAAGAUUUGGGUAAAAUAGUUGGUAGCCUUAAGGCUUCCAAGCCCAUUGAUUGGUGUCAAUUAUGCCGCGAAAUUUUGAAUUUCGAUGCCAAUGACGAUGAUUACGAUAAAGCUGAGGAAUACGAACCCACGCUUAAUAAAGAAGAACGCAUUGUCCGAGCCCAGGAUGUAUUUGUUGUAAAUUUACCAACGCUACAAUUAAAAGUAAAUGAAAACGUACAAAAAAGCACCGACACAAUACCAUACAACGCUUUAAAUAUACCGAAAAUUUUAGUUCAAUCGGAGCUUAUUAAAGAGCAAAUAUUAAAAAAAAUUGCCGAUGAAGCAUUAUGGAAGUAUACGGAUUUGGAUAUUGGAAUGACUCGGGAGAAAUCAAGACAACUUGGUUUUAAUGAAAUAGAACAGAAACGCCUAAUGGAAAUUCAUGAUUACAUAGAAACUUAUAAUCUUGGUGUUCCAGUUACUGAACUGAUGAGUAAAUUCCCUCAGAUUGAAUUUUUACAAAAAUCGUUGGACUUACUCUGUUCGGACUAUUUGAUUAAACGUGUGGGCAUUUAUACGUUUAUGUAUGUGCACAAAAAUCACAUACGUUCCUGGGUGGUGCAUACCUUUAACUUGAAACGUUUAGAACGUGAAAAUAUAGGCGGAUCUACGGCAGCGUUAAAGAGAAAUUAUGCAUCUUUGACGAAUCCAAUUGAGGAUAGCUUCGAAGAAGCUGCGGAAAAUGCUCCCUAUAAAUUGCAAAAGUUAGAUGAGGAUCCAAAUCAAAUUGAGCAGCCUAGCACAAGUAGGCCUAGUAAACGUAUUGUAAAACCUGUAAAACGUUUUACGGUAACCGAAACAAGAUGCAAUGUAAAUACAGCAGAAAGGGAUGUUAUUGUUAUAAAACCAGUGCCCUGGAUACGUUUAAACGGUUCGUUAAAUCGUCGCGUGUUAGACAAAUGGCUGGGUUCCAUAUUAACUGAAUGCGUAGUCAGGUGCUGUUGUAGCGUAAGAGAAAUUUGCCAAAGAUUCCCUCUUAUGUUACCGGUCGAUAUCAUGUUCUUAUUAGAGAUUUUAAAUGAUCUUAAAUGUUUGCAUAUGAUAGAAAUGCAAAAGCAAGAGCUAGACCUAUUCUCCCAAUAUGAAACGGCUGCUGAAAUCAUCGUGACAAAACUCUAUAAUCCCGAAAUGACAUACAUUCAUACACAUGGCGAUGCAAUAAUGCGAUUGGCUGUGUUUAUCGGUAAAAAGAAAUAUAAUACCGAGUUUAUUUAAAUGAAGAAGCCCUUGCGCAAAUGGAAAAUCAAGCACAUUUAUAACGAAGCGAAAUGUAGCAUCAAUUGGAAUAUAAAUAAUUGGAAGCAUUUUGAAAAUAUGAUAAUAUCUGUGUUCUAACUUCGACCUCGUUUCGGCUGUUCUGCCCAAACACUGGUCACUUUGCCAAUAGAUCACAAUUAACAUAAUCAUUUUAUUAAGCCAUAGUAAACGAUAUUUGCUUUAUUUCUAACACUUUUACACUAUCGUUCCUGUAAAACUACUCUUUUGAGGUAAACAGUUUGCCAGUAGCCAGUUUGCAUUUCAUUAUGUCUUCACCGACAGAAACAAAAACUGAAAAUACAAAUUCCAAUGUGCAUUUCCUCGUAUCUGACGAUAUUUUUGUUUUGCUCAUCUUCAAAAAAAUGUCUUUCAUAUAAGCAUAUCUUAUAGUUUAUUUCAUAUAUAUUAACAUAUAACUCACUGCUACUCACUGUUUUCUACGGCCAUUACAUUUUGUCUGCACUUUACUAUAAAUUAU